UUGGCUCUCCCGUCGAGGGGCGAUGGGGAUUGGUAGGACUGGGCGGUCUGGGUCCUAGUUGGCGGAGCUCUCCCCGGAUGGAAGCUCCAGCGGCUGAGUGAUGGUGGCCGCCGCGAAGAUGGGCCGGGCAGGGACCAUGGCGGUGGCGGCAGAGGUGGCAGGGGCGGGGCGGCUGGCGGUAGAGGAGGCUGUGGUCUUCAGGGGGCUGUAGGUGGAGGCAUGGCUCGGGCCAGCAGCGGGAACGGCAGCGAGGAGGCCUGGGGGGCACUUCGGGCACCGCAACAUCAGAGUCCGGCAGCGUCUUCUCUUGAGGGAGCAAUUUGGAGAAGAGCUGGAACCCAGACUCGCGCCUUGGAUACCAUCCUUUAUCAUCCAGAGCAAUCCCAUCUGCUUCGAGAGCUGUGCCCGGGAGUGAACAACCAGCCCUACCUUUGUGAGAGUGGUCACUGCUGCGGGGAGACUGGCUGCUGCACCUACUACUAUGAGCUCUGGUGGUUCUGGCUGCUCUGGACUGUCCUUAUCCUAUUUAGCUGCUGUUGCGCCUUCCGCCACCGACGAGCUAAACUCCGGCUCCAACAACAGCAGCGGCAGCAUGAGAUCAACCUGUUGGCCUACCAUGGGGCAUGCCAUGGAGCUGGCCCUGUCCCUACUGGUUCACUGCUUGACCUUCGCCUCCUCAGCGCCUUCAAACCCCCAGCCUACGAGGACGUGGUUCACCGACCAGGCACUCCACCACCUCCUUAUACUGUGGCCCCAGGCUGCCCCUUGACUGCUUCCAGUGAACAAACUUGCUGCUCCUCUGCAUCCAGCUGCCCUGCCCCCUGCGAGGGAACAAACGUGGAAAGUGUUUCCUCCCACCAGAGUGCCCCUCCUCAUCAGGAGGGUGAGCUUGGGGCAGGGGUGAGCCCUGCCCCCACACCACCCUCCUGCCGCUAUCGCCGCCUGACUGGUGACUCGGGUAUCGAGCUCUGCCCCUGUCCUGACUCCAGCGAGGGUGAGCCAGUCAAGGAAGUGAGGUCUAGUGCCACCCCACUAGAUCUGGAGGACCACUCCCCUUGUGCACUGCCCCCAAAUCCUGUACCCCAGGUCUCUUCCAUGGGGCUGGCUUCCAGUGAAGGGGACAUCCCAUAAAUAGUUUGGGAAGGGUGGGUGGGUUACUUGCCCACCAGAAACAGCUCUGGUCCCAACUCCUAGGGUUCUCUUUGGUCCCCCCCCCCGCCCCGAAUCUGCCUGAAAGGGCUGGAGCCCUGAGGAGAGGGGCAGUGUUUGGGGGACUGUCCUAGCUCUAUCCCCCAAGACAUACACAGGAGCCUUUGAUCUCAUUAAAGAGAUGUGAACCAGC